UCAAGCGGAAGUCCCUCCCACCAGUUUCCGUUUCGUCGCCGACCCGAAACGCACUCCACGCCCGCUCGCCCGUUGCAAACUCGGACUGCGGCGACUUUCGUCGCUUCCUUCUGCUUUGCGUGUGCGGGCUCGCCUCCCUCGCCUUCACGUGGAGCAACAUGGACACCCAGCUGUUUAUGGAGUGUGAGGAGGAAGAACUGGAACCCUGGCAACAGGUGGACGACGGCGUCGACGAAGACGACGACGAUGACGACGAGCUGGCCUCCUCCGAGGCGACGUCGGCGACUCGUCCUCGCGCCGGCCACCCGCGGUCUAAAGUUCCGCCCCUCAACCCGACGCAGACCAGCGGAGGGGCGCGCCUCUUCUUUACCGAUCAGGCAUUCCCGGCAGCCGCGCCCGGACCGUCUCCGUCGGUCGACCCGCCGCGGAAGCUCGCGCCGGCACAGCGCCACGCCGCGGGCGUAUCAUUGCCCAAGGGCGGCGCCCUUCCGGGAGUUCCCGCCGUGCUGAACCGCCACGCCGGCAGGGGGCGCCCAGGUCCGGACACGGCGGCGGUCUACUCCGGCGCCGGACCCACGAAGGUGGUCCUCAGCGUGGACGAGUUCUACUACGGGACAUCGGGUGAGGAGCAUCCCCUGAGGAGGAAGUACCACCCUGCGCUCAAAAGCGACGCCUUCAGCUGCGAUAUUUGCCAGCGCGCCAUCAGCGACAACCUCAGGCUGGUGCAGCACACGCUCCAGCACUCGCCGCUGGUCCGAGGAGGCGACGAGCACAAGAUGUGCUCUUUCUGCUUCCGGCAUUUUUCCGGCGGCGCUCAGCUUCAGGGCCAUCGCGAGCAGGUGCACGGCUCCUCCCCCUCCUCAUGUACGUGUCGAAUCUGCGAGUGGGCCUUCGACAACGAGUCGGCCUUCCUCAACCACAUGAAGACCAAUCACAAGCCGGGAGAGAUGCCCUACAUCUGCCAGGUGUGCUUCUACCGCUCGUCCUUCUACUCGGACGUGCUGCAGCAUUUCGCCAGAUUCCACAAAAAUUCGCGCUACCUGCUCUGCGUCUUCUGCCUGAAAGUCAGCCGGAACGUGGCCGGCUACCAGAGGCACGUCCUGAGCCACAAGGCGGGCGGAGGCUUCCACUGCAACCGAUGUCGCCUGCAGUUCGCCCACCCGGCCGACAAGAAGCGCCACAAGCUGGAACGCCACCGCAGCGUCCGCAGACCCGCCAAGCUGGAGGGGCUCCCCCUGGGGUCAAAGGUGACCAUCCGCAUGUACGGCAAGAGGCGACUGGCGGCUCCGGCCGCGGCGGGCGACGCGCGGCUCCUGCGGGACCCCUCCUGCCUGGUCCAACCCAUCAAGUUCAAGGCCAGGCGUCGGGACGCUUCCCCUCCCGUCGGGGGACCCCCGCCGGCCAAAGCCUCUCGCUCCACCUGGCUGAACCCCGGCAGCUUGUCGUGUUGGGAGUGCGGCGGCGACGUGUCGGACUUUGCGGCGCACUACCCCACGCACGUGCGCUGCCUGCUGUGCGCCUUUGGCAGCUGCUGCUCCCGCGCCUACGCCGCCCACAUGAUCCGCCACCACGUGCCGCGCCCCGAGGAAGCAGAGUUCCGACGGCCUCGCCGAGGCCCGCCCCCCUGUCCCUUCUACCUGGUCUGUUCCCGCUGCGACUUUGCCUCGGUGUCUGGUGACAAGAUGGCCGUCCACCUGGCACUCAACCCCGAGCACGCCGCCGCCGCCUGUCGUUCGAGAGAGUACAUUGAGCCGGACAUCCAGCUGAGUUCGGACGAAGAAGAGAAGGCGAAGGACGAGGACCCGCCGACGGACGGCUGGGAGCCGGCCGGGGUGGAGGCGGGCGGCGAGGGCCGCGCGGCGCCGUUCGCUCAGCCCCGCGGCCCCCGCCCGCCGCUGCUGAGGGACGGCGACGCCGCCGAUUUCUUCGACCUGCUCUUCCCGCCGGCGCUGGUGGAGCUGAUCGCGGCCGAGACCAACGCCCACGGCGAGAGCCGCCGCCGCCAGGGCGCUGCUUUCGGAGACUGGCGUCCGGUCACUCCCCGGGAAAUCCGCGCUUUCCUGGGUCAGUGCGUCCUGACGGGAGCGGAAAGCCCGCCCGAGCGCGAAGACGGCCGGCGCGCCGUGAGCCCCCGACGCUUCCGGCAGCUGGCGUCCGCCGUUCGCAUGGGGAGUUUGGGCGGCGACGUGCGGCGGAGGGGCGAGGACCCGCUGCGCCCGUUCAGGCGCAUGCUGGACAUCCUGAGCGGCGCCAUGUGGGAGGCCUACCGGCCCAACUGCUGCCUGAGCGUGGACAGAGCGCUGCUCCCCGCGCCGGAGGGGGACGCGGCGGCGGGGGGCCGGCCCCCCGAGGUCUGGCUGCUCUGCGACUCCAAGUCGGGUUACUGCCACCGCUUCUUCAUCCGCACGGGGCCAAAGAGGGGGCGGGAGACGGGCUUUCGGGUGGCGCGGGAACUUCUCAAAGGCCUGGAACACAAACGCCACCAGAUCUACUUGGCCGGUUCGCUCACCUCGGUCCCUCUGCUGCAGAAGCUCUUGGAGCAGGGCAUCUACGCCUCCGGCUCCUUCCCGCCGCCUAGCCGCGUCCUCCCGCCGGCGCUGUGGGAGGAAGGGCGUCUGGAGAAAGCCGGGGACUUCCUGCAGAGGCGGCGGGGUCCCCUGCUGGCCACGCGCUGGAGGGACGCCAAGGAGAUGGGCUGCCUGUCUACCAACGCGCCGGCGGGGGAAGCCGACACGGUGUGGAGGCGCUCCCAGUCCGGGGCGGGCGGCCUGGAUCCCGUCCGCCGGCCCAUGGCCUUCCGCCUGCUGCAGGAGAACAUGCGAGGGGUGGACAUCUGCAAGCAGCUGCUGGCCUGCAACCCCCUGGGCGGAAUCUUGCAGGACCGCCAUUGGCGCUCCCUUUUCUGGUUCCUGGUCAACCUGAGCGUGGUCAACGCCUUCAUCGUCCUACGCGAGAGCCGCAAGGACAACCCGCCGUCCUGGGUGCGGGACGGCCUCUUCGCCCAGGCCAACUUUCGCCGGCGUCUGGGCGUCCAGCUGUGCGAGGGCGCCGAGCGGGGCGCCGUUCCCGAGCGGGACGUCGUCUCCGUCCCCGCCAAAGCCCCCGUCCCCGGGCGGCCCCGUCGGAAGGUCCCGAGGCGCCACCGCUUGUGCAAGAUCGGCGGCACCUCCAAGAAGUGCCAACACUGCGGCGGCGACAGGGAAGGCAGCUGGGGUUGCGGCCUCUGCCGGGUCCGCCUCUGCAAAAAGCCGCAAUGCUUCUGGGAGUUUCACGGACUCUCGCCCCUCCGCGAAGGCCCGACGGAAGUGGGAUCCGCGGACGUCGUCGUCCCGAGCGGAGUGGUCAAGCGAGAAAAAGCCCAAGACCACCUGGCUCCUCUGGAGGACCCGGACUUCUCCGAAAACGAGGCCGAGGAAAGAGCGGCCGUAAAAGAGGAGGCGCCUUCUCCGCCCCCCUCGGCGCCUCCGCCGGACGACGCCCCCGAAGAACGGGCGGACUUCCUGUCGGCCCAUCAGCUGAGGGUGGCGCUGCUGGCCCUGUGCGGCGGAGCGGGCCAGGCUUCGGCCAUCUUCGGCACCGAGCCGCGCCUGGUCCGCUCCUGGCUGAAGGAGGCCCGCCGCCACCUCCGGCGAAAGGGGCGGGAAUGCCCGGCGCCGGACGGCGAGGCCCGACUGGCGGCCUGGGUGCUGAGCCAGCGCGAGCGCCAGCUCCCCGUCAGCGAGAGCGUCCUCUUCCACAAAGCCGCCGCGCUCAAUAAAGACGGCGCCUUGGACGGCUUCCGCGUGUCCUACCAAUGGGCCGUGCUCUUCAUGCUCCGCCACAGGUUAGGGCCGGGACGGGCGCCCGCCCCCGCUCUGCCUCCGUAUCUGUCGGCCGACGUCCGGUCUUUCAAGGACUUUGCCCGCAAAAUCGUCCGCGUCCACCGUCUCCCCCGUAACGCCGUGGCCGCGGCGGACGAGCUGUGCUUGUUCGUGGACCCGCUGAGCUUUCGGGACCCCGAGCGUCGCGCCCGGGCCUUGAGCUUCGCCGGCUCGACGCCGCUGGUCACCGUGUGUCUGUCCGCGCUGGCCGACGGAAGCGCGCUGCCGGCCUUGGUGCUGAGCCACGGAGGGCCGGACGUCGAGGCGCCGGCGGCGGACUGCGCCGUGCUGGCGGCGGCCUCUCCCGACCCCUCUCCCGGGGAGGCCUUUAAGCUCUGGACGCAAAGGGUCUGGCUCCCGUACGUUUCCGGGACGCUCGGACGCGGGAAGUCCAUGUUGGUGUUGGACCGGCACCACGAGCACGCGGGAGAGCUCUCUCUAGGCGCGCUGAGCGCUUCGGGCACGCUUCCGGCCGUCGUCCCCGAAGGAUGCUCCUUCCUCCUGCAGCCUCUGGACCUGGCGGCCAAGCCGGCUCUGGAACGUUUCCUCAUGGCCCGCUGGAACAAAUUCUGCGCCGAGGGGGACGAGGAGAGAGACGAUGACGACGAUGCCGCCCGCGUGCUGAUCCGCUGGACGGUCCGAGCCUUGGCGCGCAUCAAAGGCUUACGGCGCCUCUGGAGGACUUCCUUCGAGAUGACGGGGAUCCUGCCGGGGGACGAGGAAAGCCCCGACCGGGAGGGCGAGCGGCGCGGCCUUCGAGAGGAGCUCGAAAAUACGCUGCUGACUUCCGAAGACGGGUCGCGCCUCCCGGAAGCGGAGGACGAAGAUGACGAAGACGACUCCGAAGACGGACGGACGUCUGCGGAGAAGGGCAAAGAGGACAAAGGAGAAACGGGGGCGGACGCCCACGGGGAACGCUUUGAUCACAAAGAGAGAGACACUAAAGAGGCAGGAGAACCUGAGACCGACGGCGAAAUAACGGCGAAAGAUGACCGGCGAAAGGACAGAGAGGCCGCCGACCGGAAAGAAGAACCGGCGGCGGAAACGAAACGGCGGGGAUACAAAGAACAAGAAACUCAGGAAGCGGAGGAGGACGGCGAAGAAGAGGAGGAGUCGGACGGCGAGGACCGCCGGGAGACCAGGAUCGCCAUCGGGGAAGAAGUGGGCCGCGAGUGGCAGAUCGCCACCGAGACCGAACCUGUCGAACCCCCGCAAACGGACUGAAGGGUCUUUUGGGGAGUGCCCCAUCUCAAAUACUAAAUCUGAAUCGGAACAACCUUGCGUUAGCGUCGGUGCGCCGGCGCUAACUAUAGCAUCUAGUCUAGCUUCGGAGCCCAUCGCAAUUGUGCCAAUGUGCUUUUCUCUUUUUCACUAUAAAAAGUCUUUUAAAUCUAACACGAUGGCUUUUGCUUUCAUUUGAUCUGGGUUUGGUGGUCGGCAUGGGUUACAAAGUGGCACUUCAUCUGAUCCAGAAGUGUUAGAAUUUGACCUUUUAGCCAGAUUGCCGGAAUCACGCCAGCCAAAUCGCCGGAUCCGCACUAGCGCAAUUCCAACGGCCCGGCCAAAAGGUGAAACUCCACGCCUUGUACUGACUCCAUUUUAAAAGCUGGAAAAAGGCUUCAAAACACAAGUUGACAAUUUAUUCCAAGUCGACAGCAAUGCAAAAACCGCAAACCGACCCAGACAAAGAGGAAGGCCGGAUCCAGGCUCAAAGAUCAACAGGUCACGAGAAAAGACGGCGCUUGCGACAGAAUUCGGUCUUUUAAAGGCUUUAUGUGGGACGAGCUAUGGGCCGGAAGAAGGGUGCGUGCGGGCGGGCGGCGUUUGGGGUAAUCGUCUGUUGCGGAUUGGGCAGGAGAGUUCCCGCGUUACUGUUGUCAGGGCAGCGAGAGUUGAGGAUUGGUCCAGCCUCAGCACCACGUGAAUGGUGAGUGUCCAAUGGAUUCCUCUGUUAUCAGAUGUUCCUUGUGGGAGGAGAGGAUGUCCUUUCAUCGUUCUGCACCGUCCAUUGUUGGUUACCAGAAGAGCUGACGGCGGGAUUUGGCGGUCCAUAUAUCUUGGCCGUUCCCUGCUCGUCUCGCUCAGUCAGCUGCACGAUGCGCACGUGGAGCCCCUCUGUCAGUGUGACGUUCUUAAUGUUUGUCUUCUCGGUUAUGAUAGGGCUGUGCUGACCCUGCAACUCUCAGUCAUUCACAUCCGGGCUCUCUUGUCUACCCUCUCCAUCAUUUAUACUCCGAACAUAGUAUACUUGUUUUUCUAACCCAGUCUUUUUCAACUGGCUAGUGUACCGCACAUUUUUUAACGUCGUCGGGCGGAGUUGCAGUAGGAAGGAAGGAGUAGGUAGGAAGUUCUCGGUCGUGUGCAGAUGAGCGAGGUAUUUGCUAGUGUUGCGUUCAAGAACUGCUCACAUUUCUAGCCGUAAACCACCUUGCUGUCUGCAACAAUGUGGACCCCAGCACAUCUACUGUACAUCAUUUGAUUAGACUCAUCAAGAUAUACACAAAAGUGUUGAAGGAAUCUGACCUCUUAGCCAGAUUGCUAGAAUCACGCCAGUCGAACCGGCGGACCUGCGCCGGCACAGAUCCAAUGACCCGGGCCGGCGAGACCCUGGCCAAAAGGCCGAACUCUGCGCGUUCACCUUACUCUUAACCCCUUGUACUGACUCUGUCUUGAAAGCUGGAAAAUGGCUUCGAAGCACAAGUUGGCAAUUUAUUCAGGUCGACAGCAAUCAAACGGCAAGGCGAAACGGACUCAGGCGAGGAGGCAAGGCCACCAUAUCGCAAGUCGACAAAAGGUUCACGAGAAAAAUGGCAAUGCUUAGUUAAAAAUUCAGUCUUUUGAAGACUCUCGUGGGGCGGGCUGUGGGCAGGAAGAAAGGUGUGUUUAGGAUUAUUAUGUUUGUGGACAGGAGGAUCCGGGACUUAGGUUUUUUGUCAGGGCAAUGAGGGUUGUGGAUUUUGCCACUUAAGCGUCAUAAGGGCUCUUGGAGUAUGGUCAGCCGUGUCAUCAGUUGGAUAUGGGCCGUUCUCCGGUGUUCCUUGUGUUGGGACGGGGCAGACCGCCAUUUGUUCUGGACUGACCGGGAGAAAAGAUUGCGAGAGUUGAUGGUGCAGACGUGGGCUUGUCAGAGUCGAUCAUGCUCAGUCAGUUGCAUGACGCACACUUUGGGCUUCCUUGAUAAGAAGGCGUCAUGUAUCUCUUAUGACCUACCUUCUGCUUGUUUUCCUUCAACUAUGGUAUGAAUGUUAUUUAUUUGAUGUUGUGGUGUUGGGUGUGUUACAGUAAUAUAAACAGUAAAUACGAGAAACGAUACUAUUCCCUGAUUGAUUAUAUUAAGUGUGUUAGAAUAAUGCAAACAGACAUUGCCAACGAGAAAAGGUACUAUCUCCUUCAGUGUCCUUUCCAUUUGAUCCACAUGUGACGAUCGUUAAUCCUUCCCGGUUUAUUUCAACAUAUUGUCGAAGACAGCAAGGUGGCUGAUGGCUAGAAAUCCCAGCAGUUCUUGAAAGCGACACCGUCGCUUCAAAAUAAUCCGAUGGACUUUGUGAGAAAAUAAACUGCCAACUUUUAUGAGAAAAACUACAAAGGCAAAUGAGAAAGCCCUCAAAGCCUUGUUGUCCCACACUGUGGCAGAGACUGAUAAUACGUGCCUGCAAAGGCAUUUUCGGCGAGAUGCUCGGCCCAGAUGUGGUUAAAGACAUUGCCAAAGUCCCCCUGUCUGAUCAUUUUGAGCGUUUCAAUCCAAACUGCUAUAAAAAAAAAAAUCAGAGACUGAGCGCGUUUGACAAAGUUUCCAGCUAAGAUAUGGGAUUUGUGUUCAUCUAGACAGGCUCACCCUGAAUGAGUAUAAAUAUUGAAGUAUUAUUUUAUCAUUAAAUAUAAUGGACAGAAAGUCGUUUUGGAACAUUUUUGGUUGGUGGUCUGCCACCAGAUUUUUUUUCUAAUGUAAAAACGUGCCGUGACUCAGAAAAGGUUGAAAAACACUGUCCUAAACGAUGGUUCAAUUCUAUUCAUUUUAUAUUGGGAGUGUUUGAGUAAUACAA